CGCCCCGCUCGCGCUGGAAGGAGAAGCGGAAGUCCUGCGUUUCCACCAGCAACCUGGGCGCGGAAUGCGCGGCGUCAUGGCCGCGGACAGUGACGAUGGCGCAGCCUCAGCACCAGCGGCCUCUGACGGAGGUAUCAGCCAAAGCACCAAAUCCGGAGAGGAGCUAGUAAUCCAGGUGCCUGUGGUGGAUGUGCAAAGUGACAACUUCAAGGAAAUGUGGCCGUCCCUCCUGCUGGCCAUCAAGACUGCCAGCUUUGUGGCUGUGGACACGGAACUGAGUGGGCUUGGGGACAGGAAAAGUUUGCUGAACCAGUGCAUCGAAGAUCGUUACAAGGCCGUGUGUCAUGCUGCCAGAACCCGUUCUGUCCUCUCCCUGGGUUUCGCCUGCUUCAAGCAGCAGCCAGACAAGGGGGAACACUCAUACCUGGUCCAGGUGUUCAAUCUGACCCUGCUGUGCAUGGAGGAAUAUGUCAUAGAGCCAAAGUCCGUGCAGUUCCUGGUACAGCAUGGCUUCAACUUCAACCGCCAGUAUGCUCAAGGCAUCCCCUACCACAAGGGCAAUGACAAGGGUGAUGAGAGCCAGAGCCAGUCAGUGAGGACUCUGUUCCUGGAGCUUAUCCGGGCCCGGCGGCCCCUGGUGCUACACAAUGGUCUCAUAGAUUUGGUGUUCCUGUACCAGAACUUCUAUGCGCACCUGCCCGAGAGCCUGGGAACCUUCACUGCUGACCUGUGUGAAAUGUUCCCAGCUGGCAUUUAUGACACCAAAUAUGCAGCUGAAUUUCAUGCCCGCUUCGUGGCCUCCUACCUAGAGUAUGCCUUCCGGAAGUGUGAGCGGGAAAAUGGGAAACAGCGGGCAGCCGGCAGCCCACAUCUUACCCUGGAGUUCUGCAGCUAUCCUGCUAGCAUGAGGGCACAUAUAGACUACCGCUGCUGCCUGCCCCCCACAAAUCACCGUCCUCAUUCCACCAACGUCUGUGACAACUUCUCGGCCUAUGGUUGGUGCCCCCUGGGACCACAGUGUCCUCGAUCUCACGAUAUUGACCUUAUCAUUGACAAUGAUGAGGCUGUGGUGGAGGACAAGCGGCGGCGGCGGCGACGUAGAGAAAAACGGCGGAGGGCUUUGUUGGGCCUGCCUGGAAAACAGACGUCUGGAGGGGCUGAGGACGGUCCUCCCACAAAGCAAGUCUGUGGGGAUGACCUCAAGGUCAAGGAGACUGAGGAGGAGGUAGCCGAGGAAGAGAUGAGGGAACAGACUGACUCCGAGCAAGCUCCCCAAAAUGACUUAGAGGUGGGGCUUACGGCAACAAAACCAGAAACACCUGAUCUGGUCACCCCCGAAUUACCAGCAAGUCAGGCCGGUCCUAACCCAGUGCCUGGGGACGGACUGCAUCGGGCUGGUUUCGACGCCUUUAUGACAGGUUUUGUGAUGGCCUACAUGGGCGUGAACCAAGGAGUCCAGCCCAGUGGCUCUGGACCGUGGCUACCAGAAUGCCACAACAAGGUGUAUCUGAGUGGUAAAGCUGUACCUCUCACGGUGGCCAAGAGUCAGUUCUCCCGUUCCUCAAAAGCCCAUAACCAGAAGAUGAAGCUGGCCUGGGGCAGCAGCUAACUUCUGCCAAGCACUCGGGGCCCAGGAGGAGAAGCUGAGAGUGGAACCGAGGGGCCUGCAUCCCUGUGCUUCUCUCUCCCAAGGUGGCUUGAGGGUUGGGAACCAUCCUGGCAGUAUUGUUCCUGGACAUCCUGCAAACCGAAUUAUAAGGACACAAGAAGAUAACCAAGACCUGUAACACCGUCUUUAUUUAUUUUUUAAUCAGAAAGUAUCUUGGGAAAGUUUUACAAAAAAAAAAAAAUCAACAGACACAAGUUAUGAAAAUAUUUGACCAACUUCAUCUUUGGUUAUUUCUUAUUGCGACUCUGUAAGAAUAGCUCUUCCCGUGGCUCCAGCCAUAUAGCAGGAAGGGAAGAAAAUCAGCCCAUAUAGAAACUAUUUAACCAAUUGGGUGUUUUCACACAUUAGACAAAUACAUAGAGCAGACCAAGGGCCUGCAAAACCAGCCCCACUUCCAACCACAAAGUUGAAAGUCUUACAGGGCAGAACAUUAAGACGCCUUCAUAAAUAUGAAAAUAGAUUAAUCAACUGGAAAGGAUCUUUGACUAGGUUAGCUAAAAGCCAGAAUGACCACACUGCCUUACCCUCCCCUUGCAUAGAAAUGUAGUGACGUGGUCUGACCGUGCAGUCAGUGCAAACAGCAAGUAUUCAAGUGUCUUAGACAUACUGGCAAGAAGCACCCCGGUCCUCAGGUCCGAGAAAUAACCAACCCUUUAUGGCCUCCUGGUCAGCUCCAGAUUCCAUCUGGUAGCUUAUAUGCCCCGAGGAAAGGGCAAGAGAUAGACCUGGAAUAGAAGAACCUGGGGUAUCAGCUGCCUGCCAGCACAAACUAGAACUAGGAGUUCUCUGGUCCUGUCUGGGAAGUGCACUGGGGGCUCAGGUGUGAGCCAGUUUUUGCUGGAUUUCAUACACUUGGUACCAGCUCUUGGCCCUACUUAGGAAGAUGCUCUCAACUGCCGCCUCCCUUAUACACAGCCGUGGGGCAUUAGAAACCCCAACGUUGAGCCUGGCUUGUUUGCUCUGUGGGCUCCAGGGGAAAAUUUGCUCUCUGUACCCUGGGGCCCCUGUGGCUUCAGCUGAAGGUUGAUGCCCAGGGGUUGAUGGG